AUGGGAAUGGGUCGCGCAAGCGUUGCUAGAAACUCUGACAGCGGCACACAGGGGCUCCGCUGGCUCGGCCGUUCGACCAUCGAAAGAGGAAAAAGGAAAGGGAAAGAAGAACCGGAGGAGUUGGAACAGCAGCGGCGGCGGCGGCGGCGGCGGCAGCAGCAGCACAGGCACAGGCACAGGCACAGGCACCAGCAGCCACAGCGGCUUCACCAGCAGGAGGAGGAGGAGGGGGAGGUGGAGGAAGGGGUGGAGGAGGCGGCGGCGCAGAAGGAGGAGGAAAGGAAAGCAACCGGAGGAAAGCAGCGAGUCUUAUGA